CCCCCCUAAAUAAAUAAUAUUAUCUCUGCCACACAUAUUAGCAAGUGAUCAAAACUUUAACUUAACAGCUUUAUGCUCUGUUUUCGCUCUCACAACUUUAAAGAAGUAAAACCUACCAGCAUGGCACUUGCAUUUCAAAUGGGGGGAGAUAAACUAGGAAGGACACUGCUAUCUCUCUUCAAGCUAACAUGGAUUUUGAUGGUUGAACAGGGUGACAGCUUCCGAGAACAACAACAAUGGUACGGUGCGUAAGAUGUUGCUUGCACAACUCCAUAAAGUUAGUUAACAUGAUCAUCCUCGUUUUUGGGAUUGGAAUCAUCAUUUACUCACUUUGGCUUGAACGCCAGUGGCAUCACCGCAUUUCCAAGCUUCCUGUUUCACCUUCUCCAAAUCCAAAACCAUGGUUUAUAUUUAUAUGUUUGGCUAUUGGUAUUGCUGUUUCUUUGAGCACUCUCUAUGGUUAUGUGGUGGCUAAUUACGUCGGCCCUUAUACUCUUUGUGCUUAUAUUUUCAUCAUCUGCUGCCUUCUUUUGCUUGAAGCUGGUGUUAUCAUCAUAAUAUUCUUCAAGAUGAACUGGAUAUCGGAACUCAUUGCAUGUGUUGAUGAGCUUCAUAAAGAGUUUGCGAAGUUUGUGGUCUUCCAUGUGAAGUUAACUCGCACGAUUGUACUAUUGAUCUGGGCAGCACAGAUAAAUGCUGUUGCACUUGCUGUGGUAUUCUGGGCAAUAGGAAUAGAGCCAAGAACACACUGCAAUGAGAGACAUAGAUCCCCAUUUACUCAAUCAUUUCUGGUGCCAGAUUCUCCUGAACCUGAUAGCUCAACACAAGCCUUUAGAGGACGUGGUGAUGUUUCAGAAGAAGACAAUUCAAGGGGAAGUCUGUUUUCAUAUAUUGAUGGCAUAAUGAGAGCACGAUUUCAGAGAAGAAAUGAUACCAGUUGAUAUCCUCCAUUCUGCUGCUGUAUGUACCAAAAUUUUUUGCAGGCCUGCAGUUGCUGUUUGUAGGUGGCAAGUGUUGUUGAGAGGCUCAUGGUCAUAUCAAAAAGGAAGUUCUAACAUUAUAAAUGACACCCCGAUACUUGGAAUUGGAUUAAUUAUUUAAAAUACUUAUAGAGUUUAGUGUAAAUAUAGAUUUUUUUAAAGAAAAGAAACUUAAGGAUUUAUUUACAUCUCAAUACUUUAUUCCAUAUUGAGAAAAGUACGAAAUCAUCAUUGAAUUCGAGUAUUUGAUGUUUAAAGUUUGACUACACUUUAAUUCCUUGAAUGUUAAAUCUAA